AUGUUGCUCUUGUUGAGUAAAAUCAGCAAAGGCGCACCUUGAAAUCUCCUCUUAAACUCCAUCGAAUCACAAAGCGGUUUAAACAACUUUCAGUUUGUACAAUACUCUUUUAAUCCAAAUUCGAUUGAUGAGCUUAGGUCAAAAAUUGCUCAAGCUGAAAAAGAUCAAAAUUUGACGGAUUUAAUGUUUCUAUAUAAUAAGCUUGGGCUUUCUUUUUGGGCAAGCGGUAAUCUACAUGAAUCUACAACAUAUCAUGAAAAAUCAGCCAAAAUUGCUGAAAAUAUUUUAGGUCCUGAAUAUCCCAAGCUCGUGGAGCAAUUUAUUCACCUAGGCAAUUGCUAUCGAGAAAUGAAAUUACUUCCAAAAGCAAUUGAAUGAUACGAAAAGGCUUUAAAAGUCGAGAAAAGCCUGCACGGAGAGCAAAGUUCAGAAGUAGCUUAUAGGUUAACUGAUUUAUUAAUAGUUUACUACAUGAAUAAUGAUAUUGAAAAAGCUGAAAAAGCACUCGCCACCGCUUCUCAUUGUAUGAAUCAAAAAGUAAAUAGCGCCGAUGGAGGUGCUGCAGAUUAUUUUCUUUAUGCUGGCCAUAUUGCUUUGUCAAAAAGUAAGCAUAGCCUUGCAAUAGACAAUUAUAAAAAAAGUAGAAAAAUAUAUGAAAAUCUUUCUGGGCCAAUUUCUAUGGAAAUUGCUAAUAUUGAUAAUCUACUUUCUAUAUCGUAUGCGGAAAUAAAAAACCCGGCAGAAGCUAAAAGAUGGGCGCAAAGUGCUAUUGAUAUAAGGGAUACUCUAAAGGUGUACGACAUCGAGCCUGUAAAGAGAUUAGCAUUAUUAUGUAAAGAAUUGGGAAACGAUAAAGAAGCAGAAGAAGCUUGUGAAAAAGGAGCAAAAAUUACAGAAGAUUUGAGGGGAAGGAAUAGUGUAGACAUAGCAUUGUUUUAUAACGAAAUGGGAAAAAGAUUCAAAAUUAAUGGAGGUGUAGAGAUCUCCAAAAAGUUAUUUGCAAAGUGCUUAGAAGCGCUAAAAAAAGUCCCUUAUCAAAAUUCAUUUGAGGCUAGCAUAUGCUAUGAUAGCUUAUCAGCUGAAGCAUAUGACUUCGGUGAGCUUGAAAAAUCAAUAGAUUGUUCGCAAAAAUCACUGGCAAUCAAGUCGAUCCUUGGAAUGAUCCCAUAUGGCGCUACGAUGAAUUAUUUCUAUCUUGGAUCGGCUUAUUAUGACUUAAAAAAUUACGAAAAAGGUGAAGAAUAUCUCCUACAAGCAAAAGCUUUACUAGAAAGCGAGAAUAAUGAUAAAAUGACUUUAGAAGCAUGCUUAAGUGGGCUUGGCUGUUUGUACCGAGACAUGGAAAGAUACGCAGAAGCUGUUGAAUUUUCAAAGAGAGGCAUUGAAUUGCAAUGCGAGAUUAUAGGGAGAAUUCAUCCAGUAAUAGCAGAUAGAUAUAUAAAUUUGGGAGCUACAUAUAAAAUAUGGGGUAAAUGGAAAGAUAGCAUUGAUGCAUAUAAAAAGGCUACCGAAAUAAAUAACCAGGCAUUAGGUCCAUUCAAUUUUGCAAAUUCUGAUGUUUUUAGCCACAUGGGUGAGGCUUAUAGAGCUCAAGGAGAAUAUGAUAAAGCAAUAGCUGAGCAUAAAAGAGCUAUAAGCGCUAGAGAGCAAGUAUUUGGUGACAAUGAUCCAGGAAUCGGUGUAUUUUAUUAUGCACUUGCAGAUGUUUAUAAAGAAUUAAAAGAGUGGGAUAAAGCUUCUGAGCUUUAUGAAAAAGGUUUGCAGGGCUAUUUGCGCACUGUUGGAGAUAAAGAUACCAUGGUUGGGGUAGGAUAUGUUUCUUUUGGUGAUCUUUAUAAUUCAAAAGGUGAUAAAGAAGCUGCUAUUAAUUGUUAUAAAAAAGCAGAACAAGUUUUGAUAGAAGUGCCAGGUAUGGAAGCAAGGGUAACUCGAUUAAGAGCUAAAAUUGAGUCAAUAAGAGGAGAUAGUAAUGAAUAG